AUGGGCUUCAUCCAAUCAGUCCACCUCAAGGCCAAUGGGACAUCAAGUGGCGAGAAGCCCCCAGAGGAGCUUAUUCCUGAGUAUCUCGUCAAGUGGGAUCAGGACGACCCGAUGAACCCCCAGAACUGGUCCGACCGGUACAAGUGGUGGGUGACCUUCCAACUGGGCAUGCUGGCUCUCGCGAGCAGUCUGGGCUCGAGUAUCCAGACGCCAGCCGAUGCCACUAUCGCGAAAUAUGUGGGUGUCAGCCACGAGGUUUCGGUGCUGGAAGUUACCAUGUAUCUGGUUGGGUUUAUCUUUGGCCCUAUUAUCUGGGCUCCCAUAUCGGAGAUCUGGGGCCGCCGAGUGAGUAUUCUACCAGCAGUCUUUAUCCAGAUGCUUUUCGCCAUUGGCACUUCCAGGAGUACCAACGCAGCUUCGGUGUUCAUCACCCGGUUCUUCACCGGCUUCUUCGGGUCCGCCCCGAUCAGCAAUGUCACCGCUGCGCUGGGUGAUAUAUGGAGUCGCGAAAGACGAGGGGUGGCCGUCAGUAUGUACGCAGUAGCAGUGAACGGAGGCCCUUCUCUCGGUCCUCUUAUCGGUGCAGCUGUAAUUACGAAUGAGAAUCUCAACUGGCGGUGGACCUCCUACAUCCUCGCCAUCUGGGUCUUUGUUAUCUUCGCCAUGGCCUUCUUCUUCCUCCCUGAAGUGUAUCCACUGCUUCUGCUGAAGCAAAAGGCGCAACAGCUUCGCAAAGAGACAGGCGACCAGCGCUACUAUCACCCUCACGAGCACAUGAAACUCGACAUCCACUCAAUCGUCACCAAGCAGCUCUCCCGUCCGUUGUUCAUGCUCUUCACCGAACCGGUCGUCACCUGCAUUGCCAUAUAUGCCUCCUUCGUCUACGGCGUACUGUACCUCACCCUCGAAGUAUUCCCUAUUGUCUUCCAGGAAAUUCGCGGCUGGCACCCCGUCGUCGCUGCCCUCCCCUUUCUAGCCCUGUUACUCGGUGUCAUCUCCUCCGUCUGGUUCAACAUCUGGAACCAGUAUCGAUAUAACGAAAUCGCACGCCACGCCAACGGCAGAGCAGUCCCAGAAGCCCGACUAUUGCCCAUGGCAUUCGGCGCUGUAUUCUUCGUCAUCGCUGCCUUCUGGUUCGCAUGGACAGCCAAGCCACCACACCACUGGAUUCUGCCGUGUCUUGCAGCUUUACUCCUCGGAGUCGGGUUCAACUGUAUUUUCCAACAGUGUCUCAACUAUGUCAUUGAUAUGUAUGGUAUUUAUGCAGCGAGCGCGACUGCGGCGAUCACCUUUCUCCGGAGUAUCAUGGCUGCUGGCCUUCCCCUUGCGGCGAGGCCUAUGAUCAGUGCUUUGGAUGUUGGACCGGCAGUUUCUAUCAUCGGUGCUGUUGCAGCUGUUCUCUUGCCGAUUCCGUUUCUGUUUAUGAAGUAUGGUCCGCGGUUGAGGAAGUUGUCUAAACUUACCCCUGAUAGUCCGAAUUAG